CCCUUAAGAUCUAAAUUUUUCUUCUUCUUGAUUCUCAUCUGACCAAUGGCGGCUUCCUCGUCCUCUUCUUCCUCGUCCUCCUCCGACGUUUCCUCUGAUUCUGCAGACUCUCAUCGCCGCCGCAAGGAUCGCCGUCGCCACCGUAGAAGCGACCGUGACAGGGACUCGCUCAAGGUACGGAAGAAGAGCAGGUCCAGCUCGAAACGACGCCGUAGACGCCAGCACCCCUCCGAUUCCUCUGAUUCUUCUUACUCCGAUUCCUCCAGAGGUGAGAGCUCAGAUAGUGAGGACGAGAGGUCACGAAGGCACAAGAAGCAUGAAAAGCCAAAGAAGGCCAAGGAUAAGGAGCGAAGCAAGAGUCAUCGUCAUAAACGUCACAAGAACAGAGACAGAAAGAAAGGGGAAGGAGAAGGAAGCAGCGGGCCUGUUAAACUAUCAAAGUUUUUGAGCCGCGACAAAGGCGAUGGUGAGCGUAGAAGUGCUGUAUCUGGGAAAAAAAUUCUGCUGAAGGUUGACAAGUCCAAAGAGGACAAAGCUGCAGAGAGCAAGAGAAAUGAAUUGCUCAAGUUCUUGAAUGCAAGUUUCGACUAGUUAUUUGUUUGCUUUUUUUUGUCUCAAUGAAAAAAUCUCGCAACGAGAAAAUGUAAGACAGUGAUUCAGACUCGUUUUGUUUAUCCAGAGAACCAAUCUGUCAUGGAAUUGAGUUGAUAUUAAAGCAUGUUGAAUUUGUUUC